AUGGCAAUCUCUUUGCUCUGUCUUAUCCUCAUCACCGUCGCUUCGUUAAUCUUUGUCGGCAAGAAGAUCAAACGCUCCAAAUGGAAUCUUCCUCCAAGUCCUCCACAGUUUCCGAUCAUCGGAAACCUACACCAAGUUGGAGAAUUGCCUCACAGGUCACUCCAACGUCUAGCCGAAAGAACCGGACAUGUUAUGCUUGUUCGCUUAGGUUUUGUCCCUGUAACGGUAAUCUCGUCCAAAGAAGCAGCUGAAGAAGUGCUUAAAACCCAUGACCUAGACUGUUGCACCAGGCCUAAGCUUGUCGGAUCGAAGAAAAUCUCUCAUGAUUUUAAAGAUAUCAGUUUUACGCCAUACGGUGAAGAGUGGAAGGAACGGCGUAAGUUCUUGGGACGUGAGCUUUUCUGUUCAAAAAAGGUUCAAUCUUUUGGAUAUAUCAGAGAGGAAGAAUGUAACUUUCUUGUCAAGAAACUGUCAGAAUCCGCGGUGGAUCAGUCUCCAGUCGAUUUGAGCAAAACCUUUUUCUGGCUAAACGCAAGUAUUGUGUUUAGAGUUGGUUUUGGACAGAGUUUCCAAGAAAGCGAGCUCAUCGAUAAAGACAAGGUCGAUGAGCUUGUCUUUGAAGGCGAGAACGCUGAGGCUGGUUUCAUAUUCUCUGAUUUAUUUCCCGUUGCCGGACUUGGACGGCUCAUUGACUGGCUUUCGGGUCAACACAAGAGGCUCAACGACGCUUACUUGAAGCUUGAUGCUCUGUUUCAAGGUGUCAUCGAUGAUCAUUUGAAUCCCCAAAGAUCAAAAGAUCAUGAAGACAUCAUCGAUACAAUGUUGAAUGUCAUGCAUCAACAAGGCAAAGAUGAUUCCUUGAUGCCACGAUAG